AGGGGAAAGCCGACCUAGCUCAAGUUCCCAGGGGAGCAGGCAACGCACGGCAGAAGAAAGGAAAACUUCGGAGCUGGUGCAGGAGCUGUGGGCCGGGUAAAAAAAGAGCAAACACUUGUGACACUGUCAGAAAUGUCUUCCUUAAGUGGGAAAGUGCAAACCGUGUUGGGCCUGGUAGAACCAAGCAAACUGGGCCGCACCUUGACCCAUGAGCAUUUAACAAUGACCUUCGACAAUUUUUACUGCCCGCCUUCUCCAUGCCAUGAAGCUACCUCCAAGGAACCUAUCAUGCUUAAAAAUUUAUUUUGGAUUCAGAAAAAUCCUUAUUCCCAUCAAGAGAACCUUCAGUUGAAUCAAGAGACAGAAGCCAUAAAGGAAGAACUGUUGUAUUUCAAGGCUAAUGGAGGCGGAGCCUUGGUGGAGAACACAACCACUGGGCUCAGCAGGGAUGUGCAGACACUGAAGUGGCUAGCCGAGCAGACUGGAGUCCACAUCAUAGCAGGAGCUGGGUUCUACGUUGAUGCAACUCACUCAGCAGCAACCAGGGCCAUGUCAGUGGAGCAGCUUACAGAUGUCCUUGUCAAUGAAAUUCUCCACGGAGCUGAUGGGACCAGCAUCAAGUGUGGAGUUAUUGGAGAAAUUGGCUGCUCCUGGCCUUUGACCGACAGCGAGAGAAAAGUACUGCAGGCUACAGCUCAUGCCCAGGCUCGGCUGGGCUGCCCGGUCAUCAUCCACCCUGGAAGAAACCCAGGCGCACCAUUUCAGAUCAUUCGUAUACUGCAAGAAGCAGGUGCAGACAUCUCUAAAACAGUUAUGUCCCACCUUGACAGGUCUAUAUUUAAUAAGAAGGAGCUACUGGACUUUGCUGAACUUGGCUGCUACUUGGAAUAUGAUCUCUUUGGUACGGAGCUCCUUAAUUACCAGUUGAGCCCAGAUAUCGACAUGCCUAAUGAUAACAAAAGAAUUAAAAGGGUCCGCUUCCUGGUGGAUGAGGGCUACGAAGAUCGGAUUCUCAUGGCACAUGACAUACACACGAAGCACCGACUGAUGAAGUACGGAGGUCAUGGCUACUCACAUAUUCUCACCAACAUUGUUCCUAAGAUGCUCCUUAGGGGAGUAGCUCAGAGGGCCGUUGAUAAAAUCCUCAUAGAAAACCCUAGGCGAUGGCUAACUUUUAAAUAGGGCGGCUGUUUCUGAACACAGGCCUCCGGGAUAAGAUUUGCAGAGGAUAUUCAGUGAUUUCAAAUCUCCUCUGAGACGUUAAUCCAAGCUACACGGGACCAGUGACUGAUCACUUCCCUCCUAUGAGAAACUGGAUACCUAUCACAGGGAAAUCUCUGGUGGGGACUACUGGGCUCAAGUGAGUCCUAUUGCUUUACCUUAAUAAAACAAAUACAAAAGAAUAUGUUCCUAAACAUCUAUAUCUCCCAAGAGUCACUUUGGAUGUCUUCCACCCACCCCCUCGACUCUCAUCUACACUACUUGAGAAAAAUUAAAGUGUUUCUAGUUAAGUUGCCCCCUUCUGGAGCAAUCUAAUGUUUCUUGUAAUAUUGAUGAUCCUACUAAUUAUCCUGCUGUUCUUUAAUUAAUGCUUAAUGAAUAAUAUGGCAUUUUAAAAUCACUUUUGCAGCAAGGGAAGUUAAAUUUUGAGACUCUCUUUCCCAAAGGAGAUGGCAAUAAAAUUACCAGUUUACAACAAUAAAAAUAUUUUUUGAAAAGUUAACUGUGUUUUCCAUCUAUCUAUGUAAACUUAUAAUAAAUCAGUUUUGCUGAC